CACAGAAGCAGUUCGCAUGGGCCAGACAGACUCUGGUUUUCAUCUAGUACCCAUCUUCUGGCGUUAGCGAGAGAUGCCAAGAAUAACCAACACUAUUCGCGGCUUCUGUCACAAACACCACGAUCAUCAGCAGCCAUCAGCAGAAGAAAACAGCAUUCGCGACCAUCAUGUCCUCAUGUAAACAACCCAAAUGCUUCCGAGAUGGCGGCAUACCCAUACAGACUGCCGACCACCGGGAGACCUGGGGUAAGAAGGUUGACUUCCUGCUCUCGGUCAUCGGGUUUGCUGUCGAUCUCGCCAAUGUCUGGAGAUUCCCAUACUUGUGUUUCAAAAAUGGUGGCGGCGCUUUUCUGGUACCCUACUGCAUUAUGUUGAUCAUCGGAGGAAUUCCUUUGUUUUACAUGGAAUUGGCACUAGGACAGUACAACCGGAAGGGGGCAAUCACAUGUUGGGGAAGGCUGUGUCCCCUUUUUAAAGGAAUUGGUUACGCCGUAGUUUUGAUAGCUUUCUACGUUGACUUCUACUACAACGUGAUCAUAGCGUGGGCUCUGCGCUUCUUUUUUGCUUCGUUCACGAGCAUGCUUCCUUGGACGACUUGCGACAAUGAAUGGAACACACCAAAUUGUAGACCGUUUGACUAUGUGUCUAGAAACAGCAGUGACGUGAAUUUGACCCGCCCAAGAUCUUUGAAUAAUGAUUCAGAGGAUACUUUAGCAUCGGCCGCUUCGGAAUACUUCGUCCGUGCGAUUUUGGAAUUACAUCGUAGCGAGGGCCUUCACGAUUUGGGGGCGAUCAAGUGGGAUAUGGCGAUGUGUCUUUUGGCGGUCUAUGUCAUUUGCUAUUUCUCCUUGUGGAAGGGCAUCUCCACAUCUGGGAAGGUAGUGUGGUUCACCGCCCUUUUCCCCUACGCAGUGUUACUAAUACUUCUGGUACGAGGAAUUACGUUGCCUGGAUCUGCCGAGGGUAUUAAAUACUACUUGAAACCUGAUUUUACAAUGAUUUCUUCAGCAGAGGUGUGGGUGGAUGCGGCCACUCAAGUUUUCUUUUCUUUGGGACCGGGCUUCGGCGUGCUACUAGCAUACGCAUCUUAUAACGAAUACCACAACAAUGUAUACAAAGACGCCCUACUUACCAGCGUGAUCAAUUCGGCGACGAGCUUCGUUUCUGGUUUUGUCAUAUUUUCGGUACUGGGUUAUAUGGCACAUACUGCUGGGCGUUCAAUAACCGAUGUCGCUACGGAAGGUCCAGGUCUUGUGUUUAUAGUUUACCCUGCAGCUAUAGCAACGAUGCCCGGUAGCAUAUUCUGGGCCUUAAUUUUCUUCAUGAUGCUUCUCACCCUCGGCCUCGACAGCUCGUUUGGUGGCUCCGAGGCUAUUAUCACAGCACUAAGCGAUGAAUUUCCGAAGAUUGGACGGCAUAGAGAAAUUUUUGUAGCGUGUCUGUUUAGUUUGUAUUUCUGCGUUGGUCUCGCGUCCUGUUCUCAGGGCGGUUUCUAUUUUUUCCAUCUUCUCGAUAGGUACGCAGCUGGGUACUCGAUGCUUUUUGCAGUGUUAUUCGAAGCGGUGGUAGUCUCUUGGAUAUAUGGUACCCAAAGGUUCUGCCAUGACAUCGAAGAUAUGAUAGGAUUCGCACCCGGAUUGUACUGGAGGUUUUGUUGGACUUUUGCGGCUCCCGCCUUUUUGCUUUUUAUCAUCGUCUACGGAUUAUGGUCAUACGAGCCGUUGACAUACGGCAGUUACGUUUACCCAGCAUGGGCGAACGUGCUUGGAUGGGCGAUAGCAGGCUCGUCGAUCAUCAUGAUCCCUGGCGUAGCGAUUAUUCAAUUCCUGAUCACGCCUGGGUGUUUCUCCAAGCGUUUAAGAAUCUUAACAACUCCAUGGAGGGACUCUCAGGUAAGGACCCAAUCGAACGGAAUCGUCCAGACAGAUGCGAACCAAGUAAGGAUAACCACCCCCGACACGGCGACUAGUCAAAGCCCAGUCGAGGUGUGAGACAUAAAAACCUCCAAAUUCGACGAGUAUUUUGUUUGAUUUUUGUAGAAAAUUUCCAAAGCUGUACCUGUUAGACCAAAUAUUAAUAAAUGUAGGACCAAAGUUUUAAUAAUAUAUCGACGUAGGUCAGUUAGGCCAUGUACCUUAUGUAAAUAGCUAUUGCGUUUUAAGCGGACCAAUGAUCUUAGAGGGCAGUUCUUUUGCUAACUAGCUCAUCUAUAACUGAAAAAUGAAACAACCAGAAGCCUUCGAUGAUUGUUUCGUUUUUAAGCAUAAAAAGCAAAAGAAUUUCCCCAGUAGAAGCAAUAUGAAAUCAGGGCCUUCACAUGCUUCGGCCAUUGUUGCGCUCAAAAUUUUCUACCAAUUUUAUACCAAAGAUUAGGAAAUAGCCAAUCUGCAGCAUACACAUCGAUAAAUGAAUGUAGAUACUAGCGUAUUAGAGAAAUUGUAUUAGGUAGCAAUAUUGUAAGUAAAUCCCAAAAAUGAAAUGUUGUACAGUUACAAUAAUUAAUGUACGGAUGCUAAUUGCAAACAUCCAAUUUUUAGGAAAUAUUUAUUCUAGCGUUUAAGGUCAAUAUACUUUUCAUACACAAUCAGAUUUAUUCACCGAAUGGGUAGAGGUAUUGUGAAUCGCGACGAUCAAAUCAGCCAUUUUGAUCGUUUGCGGUUAAGCUCAUUUGAGAUUAAUCAUGCAUAAUUUAGAUUUUACAACAGCACCUUUGGACGUUUCCUUUUAACUGUAAAUACUAAGAAACAUGAAAUCAUUUUAAAAACAUUUUAACUGAUUAUAACGUAGAUUAGCUUAAUUUUUUCAAAAUGAGGAUAAAUCUUUCGAAUUUAUUUAAAUUUAAAAAACAAAACUAGCUUUUCCGAAAUUUGGUAGAUGCCGGGUGAUGUGGCGGACGGAAUUUUUAAUAUCUACAAAUUAAAGUUUAUCUCGUACCUUUAUCUGCAUUUUUUGAAAAUUUUUGCAAUUUAUUUCACUUUAAUUGUUUCGUUUUGUCGCAUUGGAUUAUCUUGUUUUCAGCAUUCGCAUUUCACAUAUUCAAUUCAUUCGAUGUGUUUAUUAAAUACUUUUAUAUUCUUAUAGUUAUAAUAUGUAAACAGUCUUACUGUAAGUUAUCUGCAAACAGCCACUGCAAAUAGCUUCAAACUAC